GAAUUCCAUACCUUUUCCAGGUUUCCCAGGAUUUCCAGACUCUGUGGCUACCAUGUUUUUGCGCCUUAAAGUCGACCCAAGGCCUGGAUUUAGAGAAUAAAACAAUAAAUUAUUACUAACUGAGUGAAACUUGCUCAAAUCGUUUGAAAUUAAUUUUUUCAAUUAUUAGAGGCAUUAGUGAUAUUAUUAGAGAAAUUGAGCGCAAAUAAAAAAAUUUAUUCCCUUUACGUUCGAUUGAGUUUGCUGAACAUAAUCUCAGAUACGAAUUCUACAAAUCAUCAUGUCUUAGGGAGAUAUUAAAAGUGGGUGAAUGGGGAGAAAUCGGCGUUAUGAGGGUGAAGGAAAGAAUAGGGGUUUAUUCUCGGUGUCAGUGAAUCAGUCGCACCACUCGAUCGUGUGUGUUCGCACCGCGUGUUCUCCUACAAUAUAUUCUUUAAUUCGAAUGUGUAUUUACUAAUUUUUAUUCCUCAAAACGUUUGCUGCAAAUCGAACAAGAAUUUCCUUCACUGUAAUAGAUAACCUAACAGUCGAAGAAAGGCAUUGUUGAUAAGUUAUCUGGUGUAAAGUGCCGACUAGUCGCGAGAGGAGCCAGACGAGUUGUUGGGACAAACUAAAGGCCUCGUUUAAAGGGUUGUAAAGUCGCGUCGUGUAAAAGCAGAGAAACGAAGAAGAAGAAGAAGAAGAAGGGGGCAGAACACUUAACCUCGAUCGCUCAAAGUGCCAAAAGCGCUUUCGUUUCACGCGAUCUCGAAGGUGAAAUAAUCGUGAAAAUUAUUACUUAACUAUAGAGACCUUUUGAAAAGGGACGACGCAUUUAUAAUGCACUCGCUCUCUUGAAUUUUGACUGAAAUUACAACAUCGAUCUUAAAGCGUUUUAAAUUCGUGUUUAAAAUAUCUAAAAGAAAAAGUUACAAUUUAAUUAUAUAUUCGUGUUAGUGUUUGCAGUGUUUACGUGUUCAUUGUUAAUGAUUAGAAAAAUACCAAGAUCCGUCCUGAUAUGAUGAUUAUUAAUAAUCAGUCAUCGAAAAAGAAGAAGAAGAAGAAUAUUUCGAAAGUUUGUGAUUUGGGACUAAGAAAAUUUGGUGAAUCGUCGUCGAGGAAGAGAGGAGAAGGAGGAGGAAGAGGAAGAGGAGUUUGCUGUAUCCUGGAAGCUUAAUAAAAGAGCCUCGUGACGGAGGGCCUUCGUACGGCCCUGGCGCGGCUGCGGCACUGCACCCCUUCCGGGGGUUCCCUGCCAAAUACCCCGAAUCCACCCUCAACCCCGGAACAUAGAGACCACGAGUGCUCGGAUAACCGGGCUUCUUUCAGCAAGGUGGUCAACUUGAAGGGUAACGGGUGUGAUUCGGGGAAUUUAGCAACGUCGCAGUCGUCGCGUGGUCAACAUGGGACUGAAAAUUCCCGCGAUGGAGAUCUGCUGUCUCAGGCAGCUUCUGCUUUACGCAGAUUUCAUUUCAAGACUGCUGGAACUCGUAGUUGCAGAGCGGUACCCCAGGUGGUGGUUAUGGGAUCAAGUACCGCAUCCGAAACUACAAUCAACACCAGUACAGACAGUGCAAACACCAUGAUGACCUUGGUAACGAAUACAGAUGGAGAGCAACACGACGAUAGUUUAGACCUUGUAGAUGGUCUUCCAGAAAUGUCACCUCCUCCCACUUCAAAUAAUCCCCCUUCACAGACCAAUCCCUCGCACUCGAAUAAUCAGCCCCAGGGGACGAAUUCCAACAACCACGUAGAAAAUGGCACGAAAAAUAAUAAUAAUAACAACAAUAACAACAAGACCAAUGGCACAAUAAAUGCACAACUUAGCACUGCCCCCAAAACUCAGGCACCAAAUUUAAAUAGCGUCUUAGAUGGUCCCGGUGCACCACCACCCACUCCUUUGGUUGGCGCUCAUCAAGAAUCCAGGUUUACCUUCAUUAGUGGAAGAACACCGCCCCUGCCAGAUCUUAGGGCAACCGAGUUCUUUAGUACUCCAGUGAGGGGUUCGGUGGAUGCCGGCCAACCAGAUCCGAACCAGAUCAAUUCUCUUAUGUCAUUUGUUGCUGCCAAAGAAAAAGAGAAGGAAAACUCGUGUACUAGUUUAGUGAAUUACAUAACAUCCAAUGAGUCAUCGAGAAAAAAUUCCCAAACUACUCCUGAGUUGGAAAAAGGUGCAAUUGACGCUAAAACAAAUCAGAAAUCAGCAAAACCAAAUAUAAAUGUAACCACGAAUCCAUUAGAUAUUUCAUUGUGUUCACAAACUCCAUGCAACACUCAGACAUCGAUCGUUGGUUCUAGAGGUCGAGGAAGAACGGCAGGCGGAAAUACCGGUGGGACCAAAAGAACAGCUCAAGCCACAAUUGUGGUCCAGCAACCAUCACUUUCGCUGGAUGCACCUGCAGCAACAAUACUUCUCCGUGCCGACUCGGAUGCGAUGCGUCGUGAAGAAAAUAUGCGUCAACUACUCGACGUUGCUGACACCUUGACUUUCCAGGAGAUUCAUGACAUCGAGAUGAGAUAUUGCAGUCCGCAUCACAGUCGCUCUCAAUCAGUGAAAACACCUGGAAGUCGAGCAUCAGGACGUCCAAAUUACCUGUGCUUGCCCCAGCAGAGGUCACGAGUGGCAAGUAUGCCAAAUACCGGAGUUGAGGAGGAAUAUUAUCGACUGAGGCACUUCAGCAUAACCGGGAAAGGAGUAGUAAAUAGAGGCGAUUCCCUAAAAAGCAGGCGGUCUCGUUCAAACAAUAGCGUCGCUUCCAGCAAUUCGAGUACGGAGCAUUUAACGGCUUCGUAUCCCGGGUCUGCGAGAAAUUCAGCAGCAAAUUCUUUGGCCAGUUCGCGAGAAAGUAGUGCUUCCCAGGGUCCUGCUCCCUUUCGGGUUCUAAUGCUCGGAGCUUCAGCAGUCGGAAAAAGUUCACUCGUCUCCCAAUUUAUGACUUCCGAAUAUUUGCACGCCUACGAUACUUCAAUUGCAAUAUGUGUUUCAGACGACGAGUCUGGUGAAAAAACGGUCAGCGUCCUGUUAACUGAUGAGGAAUCGGAACUGACUUUCAUCGACCAUCCUUGUUCCGAGAUGACGCCGGAGAAUUGUAUUGCAACAUAUGAGCCACACGCUUACUGUGUUGUUUAUUCAACAACCGAUAGGUCGUCGAUUCAGAUGGCUGAAGAAGUCCUUCAAACGCUUUGGCGCAGCGAUCAUGUAUCCGCUCGAGCAGUUAUCCUUGUUGGAAACAAAGUUGACCUAGUCAGGUGCCGAUUGGUGUCGACUGAAGAGGGUAAAUCCAUGGCCUGCUCGUACGACUGCAAGUUUGUGGAAACCUCCGUCAUGAUCAAUCACAACGUGGACGAGCUUCUCGUGGGACUUUUGACUCAGAUUCGACUCAAGCUCGAGAAUCCCGAACGGACGCGUGACCUAUUUAGAAAGAGAUCCCGCAAGAAUCGCAGCAGAUCACCACUGGGAUCGUGUUCAGAAAAUAAUUCGCCCAAGAAAUAUCGCGGCAGUCGAACCAGUACCAGUCUUAAAGUGCGAAAUCUGUUGGGCAAAGUUUGGGCGAGAGACAGCAAGUCCAAGAGCUGCGAGAAUUUACACGUUCUGUAAAAGAAAAACAAUUAUAUAUACACUGAUUGUGAGCUGAACUUUUUCACGUCGUCUUUCCAUGGGGACUAAAGCGCAACUUUGUUUUGCAGAUGCGUUCAUGAGAAAUCAUCGGCGACAUUUUAUCUCUCGUGAAUUAACAGAUAAUAAAAUAUACAACACAUCAGAAUCUGGUCACAUGAAUUAUUUUCUAUGGUGAAUUUCAAAGAUAGAAAAGAAAAUCUCGCCUGCGAUUUAGUCAACGAUCAUAAAGAAAAAAAACGUACGUUUAAAAGAAAAAUACUCUUAACUUAUUGUAUAUCUCUGAAUUGUUGGCAUUUUCAAUUAUGAUUCAAAGAAAUUAGAAAGAAAUUAGAUUUAAAAAAAUGAUUAAGUAAUUAUUCCAGUUUUGUUAUUAUUAGCAUUGAACUAGCUGAAUAUAAGUUAAUAAAAAAGUAUUAUCUUUUUUGAAAAAAGGAAUAUUUGUCCGAAUAAGCAUUUUUGCGCCAACUGUUCAUGCGAAAGAUUUUUCCUUGAUAUACAUAGUUAAGGAGAGAGAAAAGAAUGUAUGCUAGAGUCUGCAAAUGUGAUAUUCUUUUUCUUGUUUUAGUUUCAUGUCUUUUGAAGCGCUUCCCUCUUACUUUCAGAAAAAUAUUCAGCGCUCCAAGGCAAUUUCGCGAUUUUACUAUUGUAAAAGUAGUUCAAAAAUUGGGUGAAUAAAAGGAAAAUAUUAAGAGACUGUAGUUGCUAGAAAUGUUUAGAUAAGUCAUUAUUCGCUCGCCUUCCUACGAGUCGGUAUUAAUUUCGAGUUGUCGAACUCAAUUAAAAAGAAAAAAGAAGCGAAAAUUAGCGAGGUCCAAAAAAAGAGUCCACGAUUCAAAAUUAUUUUCACACCUAUUUUAAAGUAUAGACAAAAAAGUAGAACUCUAAAAGAAACUAAAAAAAAAAAAAUCAGAAAUAAUGGGUACCCGAAAAUUAUACCCGCUGUAUUUUUUAACCCUUAUCCAUUUUUGAAUACGCUUGAUCUAUAUAAAAAAUAACCUUAUAUAUGUAUAUCCAAGAUUGUCGUUAUUAAUCGACGACCAAUAAAUCUUUUGGUCAAUCCAGGUUAUAACACGUAUGAAUUUACACAAUUUUUUACAUUACUAUUUUGUACGUCGACAGAUUAAAAAUAUUAUACCUAAUUAAUAAAACGUGUUGUUGCUUUUCAAGAAACGGACGACGUUUCGAAAAUCGAAAAGAAAUUCAGUUUGUGAAAUCACGUUUUUAAAAAAAAUCGUUUAUUAAAAAUCCUAUAUAAUAAAUAAAUAAAAACUCGAGGAAGUUAAUGAACGAGCAAUUUUAGAUAAAUAUAAAUUUUUUGAAUUUAAUGCGAGCAUGCGAGGUCCACUAGUUAAUAAGUGUAUAUUAUAUCACGCAAUAUAACACCAUUAUUAAUAAAAAUAAUUAUAAUAAUAAUAAUUAAUAAUUAUUACAAGAUUUUCAUUGAAGAUUUGAAUAAAUAAUAAAAAUGAUAGAU